CGACGACGACAGCUCGCCACUCGCCGCCUCGCCUCGGAGAAGCUCCGCGCUGCUCCCGGGCAGGCCUCGCUGCCCGGCGAAGAGGCUCCCGGGCAGGCUUGGCUCCCCAGACGUCAGGGCGCCUCUUCUGCACUCCAGUGCGCCCCCCAGACCCCCCCCUCGGGCUGCGCACGCGCCGGUGCCUCGCUCUGCGCCCUCCCCUCGUGGACGCCGCCCUCCCUGGCCGCCCCCCCGCCGUCGCAGCCUUCCUGGCGGAGUUCGGCUUCUCGGCCCUGGACGCGGACACGUGGAGGUCCCCGGAGGCGCUGCCGCGCCUCGCCGUGAGCGUGUGCGGCCACGAGGUCGGCGCGGACCUGCACCGGGCCUACGUGCUGGACGUGCACCUGGAGGCCGAGGGCCGGGGCCAGGUGUCCUGGCAGGCCCCGCGCACGCUGCUGUGCCUGCGGGAGGACCUCCACGACCCGGUGAAGGAGGCGCUCGGCCCGGAGCGGUACGACGAGGCUCCGACGCAGACCACCUCGCGCUGUUGAAGAAAACACGGCGUGAGGUUUUUCGACACUUUCGGCUUCCGGGUGCCCUUGCAGGGCCUCGGGGCCGGCAGAAAACGACUCAGGACGAGAAGCCGGUCCCGGGGUCUGGGGGUCGACGCAGUGAAAAAUCGUGACGUCGGGGGUCUGGGGAGGAGGGAGAGGUACCGACACCCUGCUGCCAGUCCAUCGUUUUCGCCCUUCGUGGGCCUCCUGAGGCCCUCGCCGCCUCGGCUAGAUUCGCGUCGAAGUUCUGCUCAGCACGCGCCCUGGGAGAGGUCACGGGGAGCAGCGGUAUCGGUAUACUUUCUUAUCUCAGACAUGCGACAUCCCGAUUUCUUCAGCGCGGCGUCCCCAGACGCCCCGGCCCUCUCUCCCCAGCACCAGCUCUUCAUCCCGAGUCGUUCUUCUGACGGUCCCGGGCCUGGCGAGGGCCCCCCAUGUGGGCCGAAACAAGCGAGAAGCCGCCCGCCCUGAGUUUUGUUUUGUUAUUGUUGUUAUUGUUGCUAUUGUUGUCGUCGUCGUCGUCGUCGUCGUCGUCGUUGUUGUUGUUGUUG